CGUGGGUGCCUCAUUUGCGGUCUUCCAAAUUGCACCCAUUUGCAAAGUACAUCAGCUGUUACUUCCUAUUCACUGGGCCCCAGAAUGGAGGCAAAGCUUGUCUGCUGAUUGGAGGCCAGAACCCACUUCCUCCCUCCACUGCUGCAAAGAUGAGGGCCUCGCAAAGCCUCUUCCUCCUCCCUCUGCUCCUUGCUGUGGCCUGGGCCCAGUGCCCGGUUGCGGCAGACCUCAAGGCCCCUGACGGCAGCAAGAUCUGCGCCCAGAUGUACACCGACGACAGCCCCUACUACGACCAGUGUUGCGCCGGGAGCGUCCUGGUGGCGCAGCCGAAUGAAGACCAGCCCUACAUGCCCUCAGCUUUUAACAACAAGAUCUCUUCCUUGGUGGUGGGCCAACGAUGUGAACUCACCGUUUGGUCCGCAAAGGCGAAAGGUGGCAAAACACGCAAGUUUAAACCUGGACCAUACCCCCGCCUCCAAGAAUACGCAAAGGGGCUAUUUGGCAACUGGAACAACGCCAUCUCUGCUUACUACUGCAAGUGCACCUGAGGGGACCAAGGCAGAGGUGGGCAAGAUGGGAGGGGGACCCCACCUUGUCUGCAAUCAACCCUUGACAAUGUGACCCCCAAAGCCUACCCAAUUGCCUGUCUCAGCUGAGGAGGUUCUGCCCCAUCCAUGAAGUCACUCUGUUGCCACUGAGGAUGCUGGGAUACCUCCUUCCCAGAAUACUCUACUCUUCCCACAUACCAUGUCAAACUCUGGAAGAUCUCAACAUACAAACAAAAUGCAGAACACCAAAAUUCAUCUUCCGAUGGCAAAAAAAAAUCACUCAUGUGGACCUAGGACACGAUGCCACAGAAAAGCAGAAAUCAACAAGUGAAUUUAUUUUUCCCUCCAACAACAAUGGCAAAUGAACAUGCUCAAUCAUAAGGGAGUUUCUCCCCCACUUUGAAGAUCUCCACAUUUGACUUCUCGCUUGAAAGAUUUGUAGCCUCUGAUGUUUUUAAGUUCUUUCCCAUUCCCACUUUGUUCUGGGUUUUUUUUUAAGACAGGCGUUCCAUCUUCAAAGCUGUUCUCUCCCCUUGCUGCUUCUCCAAGAUCUGCUUUGCAGCAAACAUUCCCUCCGUCUCAUCUCAGCCAUUACUGUUGUGC